AUGAUUGUUUUUGUUUAUUUUGGAUUUAUUGCUUGGCUUAUAUUACAUACAUUUGUUAGACAUCAAUUAUCUAAAACAUUCUUUAGUUUAAUUUUCGGACAUUUAAUUAUUUUAACACUUCUUGAUAAACCAAAUUUAUUUCAAAAUUCAUCUGAUAAUUCGUCCAAACAAUCAACAGUAUCGCGUAAACAAAAUCGUAAUUCAACAUCAUCAUCAUCAACUUCUUCCAUAGCAACAAGUGUAAUAGGUCGACCUUCAUCUUAUCGUUCAUCAACGAAUACACAACCUCGAAAAGUUAAUCCAAUCGUUACUACAUCAUCAUCAUCAUCAUCAACAGAAAUACCAUCUUCUCGAUGGUCAUCAAUAACCGAACAAAAAAUUGGUGUACAUGAAUGCUCUACAUUUUAUGAACAAGCUAGACAAGAAGCAAAUGAUUUAUGGUCACUGUUUAAUCGACGAAUAAUUCUGAAUUUCUAUCGAACAUUAACUUCAUUUAUUUUAUUUGAUUUUAUUCCAAUCAAAAUGAUGGGUAACAAUGUUCGUUCAACAGAUAAUCAACCAUUAAAGUUAUUAAUUCUUAUAUUUACUUUAAGUACAUUUAUCACUCAUAGUGCGUUCUUAUUUCCUGUUAAACUUCAAACCGCUCUUCAUCGUAUAGCAACACAUCUUGGUCAAUGGCGAUCACAAUCAAGUAUUCGAACAGAUACAAUACAUGAAUGGUCAUCCGAAUGUAAUUCCUAUACACGUGGUAGUGUUGUAAAAUUAUCAUCGAAUAAUCGAUAUUUUGUUGCUAUGGAACAUUUAAGUAAUGCUGCACAUCCACAAUCAAAAGCACAUGCAAUUAUCUAUCGAUUCUUUGGUGAUGCAACAUAUUUUAUAAAUAUUCAAAUUGUUUUUUGUAUUAUUCUUACUAUACUUCAAUUUAUAUGGAUUAUACGUAGUAAAUAUUGGGAACAAAUUUUAAUAAGUUGGUUAAUAACGUUCUAUAGUUCAUAUCCAAUAUUUAAAAUAACACGUGAUAGAAUUAUACUAAAUUUAGUUGAGUAUCAAGACGAUGUUCAAACAACAACAACAUUAAAACAAAAAAGAUCAAGUUGA